AAAUUCUCGAGAGCUCCGGUAUUGCGUGGCCGAACCCUGCCAUGUGGCGACGCGGCCCCUUCAACCCAACCAUGCCUGUUCCCUCGCAUCAAGGUGGGGUCGAAGCUCAUCUGCACUCUCCCCGCCGUGGAUCCGGUCUCGAUAGCAAUACUUCGUCUUCUUCUGGCUACGCUUCAGUAAUGCCCGGGAUGUCGAAUAUCCAAACAUCCAGCUUCUUGGGUACCAUGCCCAACACGCAAGCUUUCCUUCAGCGUGGAGGCAUGGGCGAAAUUAGCAGCACCAGCAGCAACUACACGAACCCACAAAACCACCUCGGCUCUGGUUCGACCUCGUACAUAGACUGGGCCAGUUCUAGCAAUAACUUCGGCUCCGUUGGUCAGAGCCAGAACCUUGAGACCGGCAAGUCCAAUCACAACGGUUCCACCAAACGAAGGGUGCACAGGGAUACAAGCAAGGUCUCUGGCACCGAUACCAGCAUGUCUGGAUACAACCGGCUCAGUUCAGGAAACGCUUCGCAGUAUAUAACUGACCUGCAACAUCUAAACUUUGCCUUUCCUGGUACCAGUGGCUCCGGAGAUGCCGACACUAGCACAGCAACGCUCAAGGUGGCUACUAACACGCCCACAACACUAGCGGGGCAGAGUUUCGUAGAUGAACUUCUUGCCGAAAGCAACAACCAUGGUACACCAGGACACAACUCAAGCGACUUGUUCUCACACUCCAAC